AUUUUAUUGAUUAUUGUUUUUGUGUUAAUUGAAUAGAGUAAUUUACAAUGGCGGUGUAUUAUAAAUUUAAGAGUGCAAAAGAUUACCAUUCAAUUCCAAUGGAUGGUCCUUUUAUAUCUGUUGGUACAUUGAAACAAAGUAUAUUUGUAUCCAAGCAUUUGGGAAGGGGUACUGAUUUUGACCUUCUGGUCACCAACGCUCAGACCAAUGAAGAAUAUCAUGAUGAAGAAAUGUUGAUUCCUAAAAAUACAUCAGUGUUAAUUCGACGGGUUCCAGGACUGCCACGUUUACCGAUUGUUAUUGAACAAAAACAAGAGGUUGAAAGUAAGGUUGUGGAAACUGAACCUGAGAACAGUACCUUACCGGUAGAUUAUACAUCUUCCAUGCAAUAUCCUGAAAAAUUGGAUUGGCAUGAAUUUGGCAAUGAUGUAUAUUCAAUACCUGAUCAACUGCCUCUUCAAUCAAGCACCAUGAUUCCAGAUGCUCUAACUAACAAAGCUGAUGAAGACAGAAAAAUUAAGGCCUUGAUUGAUACUCCUGCAUUGGAUUGGCAACAACAAGGUUCAUACUUUGGCGCUGGUAGAGGUUUUCGAAGGGCCGUGGGUGGUGGAAGGACUGGGGGUGGACGUGGUUUUGGGUUGGAGCGGAAAACACCUCCAGAAGGCUAUGUAUGUCAUAGAUGCAAGGUGUCUGGACAUUUCAUUCAGCAUUGCCCUACAAAUGGUGAUGCAACUUUUGACAUCAAAAAACUCAGGCAACCUACUGGUAUUCCUAGAUCCAUGCUGAUGGUAAAUCCACAAGGUUCCUAUGCUCUACAAAAUGGUUCAGUAGCUGUUUUGAAGCCAAAUGAGGCUGCGUUUGAUAAAGAAAUGGAAGGGUUGUCAUCCAAGCGUUCAGUUGGUGAUCUACCACCUGAGCUCCACUGCCCUUUGUGCAAUAAUGUCAUGAAAGAUGCUGUACUGUCAAGCAAGUGUUGUUUUAAAAGCUUCUGUGACAAAUGUAUUAGGGACUAUAUUAUGUCCAAGUCUGCAUGCGUAUGUCUUGCAACAAAUAUUCUUGCAGAUGAUCUUUUACCAAAUAAGACGCUUAGAGAUGCCAUCAAUCGCAUAUUGGAGUCUGGCAAUAGCAGUACUGAAAAUGCGAGGAGCACUUAUCAAGUUCAAGAUAUGGAGUCUUCUCGUUGCCCACAGCCCAAGAUACCAUCUUCAACUUCAUCUGCUACCUCCAAGGGAGAACCAAAGGUUUCACAAGUUAAUGAAGGAAUGACAAAUAUACAGGAAAUAGCUGCUGAGAUAAAGGAUGUCUCUGCUACACAGCAGGUAUCAGAGCAAGUAAAGAUGCCUAGAGCUGCAGUUGUAUCUGAAGCUACUCAUGAGUCUAUGAGUGUGAAGGAACCAGCCUCCCAAGGGAGUGCUAAACUGGUUGAGGAAGAAGUGCAGCAAAAGUUGGUCCCCACCGACGAAGAAAAGAAGAAGAAAAAGAAGAAAGUCCAUAUGCCUGCAAAUGAUUUACAAUGGAAAACCCCACUUGACCUUGGGGGUGAGAACUAUAUGAUGACACCGACAGGCCUACCGCCUUUUAGCUACAAUUCAUACUGGAAUGACAUGCAACCUUGUAUGGAUGGAUAUAUGGGACCAUAUGCUGCUCCAAUGCCAACGAUGGUUUAUGGUCUAGGCCCCUUUGACAUGCCAUUUGGAGGUGGUCUGCCUCAAGACCUAUUUGGCAUGCAUGGUUACGUGAUGCCUGUUCAUCCACCUCAUAGGAACUUAUCCAAAGAUCGAGAAUUUGGUAGAGAUGUGAGUAGUGUUGGAGAUGUUUCUUCAUCGAAACCAAAAGCAAAGCUAAAUCCGUCGUCAUCAAAUGGCCAUCCCAAUUUGCAUCAUCAACACCACCGUCAACGACCUAUGCAAGAAGAGCCACCACGUUCAUGCAAACUCGAAUGCAAACGACCACGUUCUUCCGCAACAUCAAACGGUUAUUACGAAGUGAGAAAAAAUGAAGACAACAAUGACGAUGAUCGACAUUUCAAAAGGAGACGGCCGAGGUAUGAGUUGGUGGCAGCAUAGGCGAAGAACAACAACUGUACCGUUGGAAGGAUUUUUAGGGAAAUUUGAUUUGAUGGCAUAUUUCAAUUAUUUUGCCACUGUAAUUUGUUUUUCU